GCAAAGAGCAGCUGGGAUUUCCAUUUCUGCCUGACAAGCUGGGAGGAGAAGUUUUUUCUCCGAUCUGAGCCUGGAGAGGGAAUAAGUCAGUCAGCCUUCAUACUCAGAAGCCUAAUGACAUGGAACUUUGAUCCAGGCAGAAGGAAAGGAAACUGAGAAGCAGAAUCCUAUAGGACACCAAUGCUCUUCAAGACAAUGAUUUUAUCCAGAGAAAGGGCAAAGUGGUGUUAAAAUGAGCCUCAAAUCUGGCCAACUAGAUGAAAAAUAGACCCUUGGAGCCUACAUUGUAACUUUUUGAUUUGGUGCUCUGACCCAUCUCCCCAUCCUUGCAGAGAAACUAGAGACCAUGAGGAGCAGCCUGACCUUGGUGGGGACCCUCUGGGCCUUCCUGUCCCUUGUUACUGCUGUGGCCAGUUCUACCAGUUACUUCUUGCCUUAUUGGCUCUUUGGAUCCCAGCUGGGGAAACCAGUGUCAUUCAGCACAUUCCGGAGAUGCAACUACCCAGUGCGAGGAGAAGGGAACAGUCUGAUCAUGGUGGAAGAAUGUGGUCGUUAUUCCAGCUUCACUGCCAUCCCAAGCCUGGCCUGGCAGAUGUGCACAGUGGUGACAGGUGCUGGCUGUGCACUCCUACUUCUGGUAGCACUGGCUGCUGUCCUAGGCUGCUGCAUGGAGGAACUCAUCUCCAGAAUGAUGGGACGUUGCAUGGGAGCAGCACAGUUUGUGGGAGGACUCCUGAUAAGCUCAGGCUGUGCCUUAUAUCCCUUAGGAUGGAAUAGCCCGGAGAUAAUGCAAACAUGUGGGAAUGUCUCAAAUCAAUUUCAAUUAGGUACAUGUCAGCUUGGCUGGGCCUAUUACUGUGCUGGAGGUGGAGCAGCUGCAGCUAUGUUGAUCUGUACUUGGCUCUCUUGCUUUGCUGGAAGAAACCCCAAGCCUGUCAUGUUAGUGGAGAGCAUCAUGAAGAACACCAAUUCUUACGCCAUGGAGCUUGACCACUGCCUCAAACCUUGAGCUUUGAAUGAAGAUUGAUUGGAGAGGGUGGGAAAGGGAAGGAAAGGGAACUUGAAAAGAGGUACUAAGACAAGACUAGGCCAGGUGGUGCCCACCAGCCAGUAGUGCAGCAUAGUAUCUUUAUGCUUUUAGCUCAUCUGUCAAUUACUUUCACUUUCCUAUAAACCAGUGGGUCAGUGGAUAUUUAAAAAAAUUCACCUGGAACAUUUUUUUUCACUGCUGAGACAAAAUAGCUGGCACCCACAAGUUGAAGGAGGAAAGGUUUAUUUCAGCUCACAGUGAUUCUGUCAAAUACUUAACCAACUAGUGAGUACCCAAGGAUGCCCAAGUCUAAAUGUGAUCCCUUAUAUAAAAUUAGGAGCAGAUUCUGACUUGAAAGGUAACUGCAUAACCAAGCAUCUCUUUGGAGUUCUUCAGUUCCUGUCUUCCUCUUACCUUAAAGCUUAAAGGCCAAGUCAGAAUGAGUAUGCAGGCAUGGGCCAUGAGAUGGGCAGGGCUGGAUCCUACCACUCCCUUUAGUAUUUAUUGCCAUCCCCAUCCCCAAACAUCUCUGGACGUGCUCACUCAAAUAAUUUGUGUCUUUCUUAGGACCACACCUUCUCUUAGCUUUCUUCCUUCACGAUUGUGAGGAAGCUUGGCAAGAGGAUAACUCCCAGCAGGGAAAAUGUUAAUCAUGGUUGCUUGCAUAUAGUGUGAGGCCACUUCUGUAUUAUAAUUUAGGAUAUUCAUAGGUAUUCAUUUUCUGUUCUAGUUGAGUAACUACCAUCAAAAUAUAGUAGCAAAUAAUUCCUAAUCCCUUAUUGAUAUAGAAAUGGUGUUCAUCAGAUUUCCUAAAAGGAGACUAACAUUUGUUGAGUACUCAAUGAAUACGAAUUCAUAGUGAUGAUGAAAAAAAAAGUUUCUACUUCAUCCUUAUUGAGAUUUCUAUCAGAGUUCAUUAAAUUUAACUUGGAAAUUUUUAGUGGCAAUGUUGCCCCUGUAAUCAGUUACCCCUGGUGGUGUUAAUACAAGUUUCUCUACCUGUUUCAAUGACUACUCAUUAAAUGAUCUUUCCUCCAAUUAAAUUAAGCUAGACAUGAAAGAGCACAGCCCUGAUGUCACCUAAGACUGACCUUUAUCCCGUCUGUACUCAAGCCCAAUAUAUGGUGUAGAAUAUGGUGUCUCCUUGGGUCAAAAUUAUUGACUCUUUCCCUCAGUUAAUUCAGGUUAGAUCUUAUUGAACCAUAUCUACAAUUUUGGGCCUGUUACUCAAAAAGCUAAUUCAUGUUCUAUCCUUAUUUUUUCCUGAAUGAUUUGGAUACAGCCUUAUCUAGAAGAUAAAAGGAAAAAACUGGCUUCAUGAAUGAUGUGCUAUUCAUUAGAGUCAGGAUUCUUAUAUUGACCUUAGGUACAUAAGUGAGUUCAAGCAUAUAUUCCAUUGCAUUCAUAUUUCAUUCAUUCAUUUAGCCCCUUAUUAACUAUCCAUUUCUUCCAGUGUCUUACUAUGUGUUGUAUUCUGUGUUAAGUAUUAGUGUUAAAGAAUAUGGACACAGAUUUUAAUUGUAAUAAGAUCAUUAAUGAAAUAUUAUUAAUAACUGUAAUAAGGCAAUAAUAAGGUAUUGUCAAAUAGAUAAAUAAUGGCCAUAUUGCUUAUGUGUUAAGAAAAUAAAUAAAAGAUGCUAAAGAUCUCAGAAAAGCCAUAUAAAAUUUAUGGAAUGAUCUGUUUCAUGGAAAACUUUUCCAGAAAAGGUACUAGAAUGGGUCUGAGAGAUGAACAGGGAGCAAUAGUCAGCAAAGGUAAAUAGUACAGUAGGCAAGGGGAAGUUUAAGCAGAGGCACAGAGAGAGACAGGUAUAAAAAAAGGAGGCAAUACAAGAUGAAAAAAAAACAAGGGACGCCGUGGUUAUUCUAGACAAGGUAAAAAAAAAUUGGCUUUAUACUAAAGAAAGGCCAUUGAAAGGGAAGGGCCAUAAACAUAUCUGUUAUAUUUUCCCUAAGAUAAAUUUGAUUAUAGUAACAAGAAUGAAAGAGAAUAGAGAAAAACCAGAGAUCUUCAUUAUCUACGUGGAAAAGAUCAAGUCCUGAACUGAGUUAGUGACUGUGGUACUGGAGAGAUAGAUAGAUUGGAAAGAGGAUACAGUUUGAGCAUUCCUAAUCUGAAAAUCUGAAAUCUGAAAUGCUACAAAAUCCAAAGCUAUUUAAGGGUUGUUUUGGUGCUCAAAAUGUUUCAGAGUAUUUGGGAUUCUAUAAUUUUGGAUUUAGAAUGCUCAAUUUGUAAAUUCUAUGAAAUAUUCCAAAAUCCAAAAAAAACCAUGAAAUUAGAGACAUUUCUGGUCCCAAGAAUAUCUCUCAACAUACAUAUAUGGGGUAAGUCCUAUAGAAUUUAAUGUUUAAUUGACAAGUGUAGGUAACAGAAAUAGACAAUUUUGGGAUGACCACUCUGGUAUGUGGGUGGUUCCUAUUAGCAAAGUGGGGAAUACAAGAAGAAGAAUAGAUUAAAAAACCUGGUGAUUAAAUUCAUGUCAUAUGUUAUCUCCUUCAAGGAUGUGGAUUAAGCUUCUAAGGUAAAGCAAGUUGAACAUACCUCAGUAAGAGGGAAGGAAUGUAAUUGGAAUUGUAGAAUUCUAUUUCCCUAAAAAAGAUGACUCAGAACAACUGAAAUAAAAAUGGAACUGGAUCAAACCUCA